CUAAAAAUGAAAUCUUUUGUUAUUUCGCUUUCUUUCCAGGAACCUCUAUCUGGAAGCUAUAAAAUAGAAAGGGAGAAAUCAUGUCUGGGAUUUCAGCUUUCUAUGGCGGCAAGUCCAUUCUUAUCACGGGGGCCACAGGCUUCAUGGGCAAAGUGUUGAUGGAGAAGCUGCUUCGCACCAGCCCCGACCUGAAAGUCAUUUACAUCCUUGUGAGACCCAAGGCUGGCCAGACCCUGCAGCAGAGAAUUUUCCAGAUCCUAAAUAGUAAGCUGUUUGAAAAAGUCAAAGAAGUUUGCCCCAAUGUCCAUGAGAAGAUCAGGGUUAUUUAUGCAGAUCUCAGUCAGAAUGACUUAUCCAUUAGCUUGGAGGACAUGCAGGAGCUUCUGUCCUGUACAAACAUUGUCUUCCACUGUGCAGCGACUGUGCGCUUCGAUGACCAUUUGAGACACGCCGUGCAACUUAACGUCAUUGCCACCCAGCAGCUCUUGCUUAUGGCCAAUCAGAUGACAAAGCUCGAAGCCUUCAUCCAUAUCUCUACUGCGUUCUCAAAUUGUAACCUUAACCACAUCGAUGAAGUGAUCUAUCCAUGCCCCGUGGAGCCAAAAAAAAUAAUUGACUCCAUGGAGUGGUUAGAUGACUCUAUUAUUGAAGAGAUCACACCCAAGCUGAUCGGGGAUCAGCCCAAUACUUACACCUACACCAAGGCCUUGGCAGAGAUGGUGGUGCAACAAGAGAGCGGGAACCUAAACAUGGCCAUCAUAAGGCCCUCCAUUGUGGGACCAACCUGGCAGGAGCCUUUCCCAGGUUGGAUUGAUAACACAAAUGGACCUACUGGGUUUAUUAUUGCGGCUGGGAAAGGCUUUCUUCGGUUCAUAAGAGCUACCCCCAUGGCUGUAGCCGAUGUAGUUCCUGUUGAUACCGUCAUCAAUCUCGUCUUGGCAGUAGGAUGGUACACGGCAGUCCACAGACCUAAAUCUACAUUAAUCUACCACUGCACAUCUGGUAACAUGAAUCCCUGUAAUUGGGGUAAAAUGGGAUUACAAAUCUUAGCAACCUUUGAAAAAAUUCCAUUUGAAAGAGCCUUCAGGCGGCCACAUGUUGAGAUCGCAAGCAACCGUUUCACAAUCAAAUACUGGAAUGCAGUCAGCCACUGGGCCCCAGCCAUCAUCUAUGACUUCUAUCUGAGGCUCACAGGAAGGAAACCCAGGAUGACAAAGCUCAUGAAUCGAAUUUUAAGAACCAUUUCCAUGCUGGAGUAUUUCCUCAACCGGAGUUGGGAAUGGAGCACAUACAAUACAGAAAUGCUGAUGUUCAAGCUGAGUCCUCAAGAUCAGAAAGUAUUCAACUUUGACAUGCGCCAGUUGAACUGGAUAGAAUAUAUUGAAAAUUAUGUUUUAGGAGUUAAGAUAUACUUACUGAAAGAGGACAUGGCUGGGAUCCCAGAAGCAAGGCAACACUUUAAAAGGCUCCGAAAUAUUCGCUACCUCUUUAAUACCGCCCUCUUCCUCAUCGUCUGGCGCCUUCUCGUUGCAAGAUCUCAGAUGGCUCGGAAUGUCUGGUUCUUCAUUGUGAGCUUCUGUUAUAAAUUCCUAUCCUACUUUAGGGCAUCCAGCACACUCAAGGCCUAAGAACAUUCAGCAAUCACCUUUUACCUGGAACCUCUCAGAUACCUCUAAAACAGCAAAAUGUGGUUCUCAAGAUUAGGAAGUAACAAGAAACAUGCCCCAACUUACUACCUGUCAAAUGUGCUGACAUGUAUUCACCCAUGGGUCUUACCUAUACAUUCUUCUCACUUCAGUGAGAGAGGG